GAUGAAAAAAUAGGGGACAUCGACCAACAAAUCAAAGACGCAAAAACACAAAUCGUUGAUGAUCUCUGUUUAAUCCUCAACGAGAAUAAUGGCCAAUACAUUGCACUUAGUCUGCUCUUGAAUGAAUUCGACGUUCUGUUGACGUUUGUUACGUGCAAUUGGCUUUAUGGCUGGAAUCUCCCGACGAUAACCACUGCUGCAAGUCCGCUUAUUAUUACACAAGGAAGAAACCCAAUUGUUGAACUUGUCUCAGACUCUUUUGUGCCAAAUGACACCAAGGUCGACAACGUUCCAGUGCAAAUAAUUACUGGUCCAAAUUGCAGCGGGAAGAGUGUCUAUCUCCGCCAGGUUGGGAUGAACGUUUAUUUGGGGCUUCUUGGGUGUGGAAUUGCUGCUCAAUAUGGUGAAAUUCCGUUGAUCAAACGCAUUUUGACGCGGAUAACAACAAAGGAGUCAACCAAAAGCUGUUUGUCUGCAUUUACAACCGACUGUUCCCAGAUGAGUGAAGGUCUCAGAACUGUGGACAACGAGUGUUUGUUCCUGAUCGAUGAGUUUGGAAAGGGCACCGACCCUUCGGAUGGGUUUGCUUUGUUUUCAGCCACCGUCAAAUACCUCCAAAAGUUGAGAACGAAGGCGCCAAAAACACUGAUCGCGACACACUUCAUAACAGUUUUCCAGGAGAUUGAAAGAGACUGGUGCGUGCCACUUAUGAUGGACACAAAAACUGACCACACAAACGACACAAUCCAGUUUUUGUACAAACUUGUGCCUGGUAUAACGACCGCGGCGUAUGGCAUUGAGUGCGCAAAGAUUGCUGGGUUGCCUCAAAACAUUGUUGACAGGGCGUUUAGCGUUUGUAAAUGUCUUCAGGAAGACAAGUCGAUUGUUCCGCUUUCGACAAAGGUUGACGCAGAAAAGUACUACGACAGUUUGAUUUCGAAGUUUAUCGAAUUUGACACUGAGAAAGGAGACAUCACAGAAUUUCUCACAACCAUUCGUAAGGUCACGAAUCGUGUCUAUGGCGGGAAGUCCUGA